AUGCCCCACUGGGGAAGACCAUCCGGGGCUCUUGCAGGUGGAAGUGGAGAGGGAUGGAGAGACGAAUUCGAAUCUCGACGAAGGAGGUUCUUGGAUGUGGGCGACGAGAGCGAUGAUGGAUACCAACGUGUCUAUCUCGAUCCUGCUGCUUUCAAGUCUAGGUCUGCCGACAGGCUGCCGAGGGAAGAAUUUACUGGAGACGAGCUAUUGUUCACUGGAUAUGACUUAGGUUCUGGGCGAGGAGAAAGAGCAGUGGAUGACAUUGCGCAUGAGAGAAGACAAUAUCAGCCGCACGAUGAUGACUUUUACCACGACAAUGCCCGAACACGACCGUCACGAGAGGAUGCACUGGUCGAAUCAGCCAGGGAGAAGCUCAGAAGAGCGCGGGUCAAGGGCAAGACAAAUGUCAGUCUGAGUGUUGAAGAGAUGGCAGCAUUAGAAAGGAGCAGCACUCAACCCAGGGAUACGUCUGAGCCAAACACACCGAGCAAGAACAGGACCAGAGGCAGUCGGUCUAGUAGUACCACGAGUCUGGCCAGCACUCGGCCACGUAGGACAAGUAUUGGUCUGUUCGGCGGCACUUCGCCAUCACAAUCCCGCUCACGAACGCCAAAGAACUCGAGGAAGCCGUCAAACGAACAACAGCCAGUUGCGCGUGCGUCUGGUUCGACACCACCGGCAUUCAUGAUCAGGGGCCCAGAUGGUGUUCCAAUGUACGCUCCAGCCGAGUACUAUCCUUCUCCAGUGUCGUCUAGAAGACCAUCCUCGAACAGCAAUCGCAAUGUCUCGCCGCCAUACGAGGCAUACUCUGCUCGCGGUUACGGUCCUGAGCUGCGAGCCCCUUCUUCAAGUUCUAGCCGAGCUCCUUACGAUGAGAAUGCAUGGUCUUCCUUGAAUCGAGCACCCCCAGGAGUAGCAUAUCCCGACAUGUCAGGACCAUCUUCCUCACCCGGUGCACAGUAUUACCAAGCUCCUAUACCUUCGUCGGAUGUUUCUUACGCAAAGCUGAGGCGAGCACCUCAAGGGUCGCCGCUCUCAAACGUCGAAGCAGCAGUUGACCAACGGGAAAGAGAAGUUCGCAUGGCGUCUGGAGCAAGACCAGGAAGCAGUGGAAGCAGUAGCGAUGAUUCAGGGCAAGGCGUAAGGAUUGAAGUUGAGCCUGGGGUUGGAUUGAGAAGAGUACCAGUGUCGAGCAAAAGCAGUGGCACAGUCAGACGCAAGGGCAGAAGAUAG